ACUAAGUCAUCAAAUCAAAUCAUCUUCAAACCAAAACUCUCUCUCUCUAAAACUGUGUAGAGAGCUUCAGAGCGGCACAUCCAUGGAGACACACUCUCCCUCUACUCAUCAUUCCUUCCCUUAAAUUUCUCACUUCACUUUCUAAACCCUAUUUUCCUUUUCUUAAUUCAAUUCCUAAUUCCUUUUCACACUCUCCAAGCUAAGAAUGACUUCUCUUCCACUCGUCUUAACCUUCCACUCUUUCUCUCUCUCCAUCUCUUCAAUUUGUAUUUAACUUUCCUCAGAUUUCUGGGUCACCAUUGAUUUCAUUGUAGGGGGAGAGGUGUCUGGAGGUCUUUCUGCUUGAUGAUCAAUGGCUGAACUGUUGGGGCCUCGUUUGUACAGCUGCUGUAAUUGUAGGAACCAUGUUGCCUUUCACGAUGAUAUCAUUUCUAAAGCUUUUCAGGGAAGGCAUGGGCGUGCUUUUCUCUUCUCUCAUGCUAUGAACAUCACAGUGGGACCAAAAGAAGACCGGCAUCUCAUGACGGGUCUCCACACUGUUGCUGAUGUGCAUUGUGUUGACUGCCGUGAGGUGCUCGGGUGGAAAUAUGAAAGGGCAUAUGAGGCAUCUCAGAAGUACAAAGAAGGGAAGUUCAUUCUUGAAAAAUCAAAAAUCGUUAGGGACAACUGGUAGCAUCCUCUGGUCGUAUUUAAUGCAUUGAUUUUUAUCUUGAUGUAAGUUUAUUGAUUCUUCGUGUUGUUAUCUUGUAUAUAAAGCUCUCAUCUAUCUCGUCAUUGUUUUCUGUUCCUCGUGUAUAUAGUAUAUUUCUGUAAGUUGUGAACUCAACUGGAUAUCAUUGUAUUGGACAUCAUUGUAUUUUGAGUCCUCACCAUCUGUGUUAAUGAAAUUGUGGUGCUUAAUUUAAGUCA